AUGUCUCCCCAUUUGCUGCCCCGAAUUCUGCAGGUGGCUCAGAGGCUUCUUGUGUUCCUCCAGGAUCAGCUCCAGCAGAAGAUUAUGUGUCCAGGACCUGUUACCUGUCUGACCACAUCACCGAAUGGCCUCUACGUCGUGGCCGGGAUCGCAGAAAGUAUCUAUCUGUGGGAGGUCUGCACGGGGAACCUCCUGGUCAUCCUGAGCCGCCACUACCAGGAUGUCUCAUGCCUGCGGUUCACAGGGGACAGCAGCCACCUCCUGUCGGGGGGCAAGGACUGCCUGGUGCUGGUGUGGGACCUUUGCAGUGUGCUGCAGGUGGACCCCUCCAGGACCCCUGUUCCCCGGCACAUCUGGUCUCGCCACACCCUCCCCAUCACCGACCUACACUGCGGCUUCGGGGGGCCUCUGGCCCGGGUAGCCACGGCCUCUCUGGACCAGACUGUGAAGCUGUGGGAGAUCUCCUCGGGGGAGCUGCUGCUCUCCGUGCUGUUUGACGUGAGCGUCAUGGCCGUGACCAUGGACCUGGCUGAGCAUCACAUGUUCUGCGGCGGCAGCGACGGCUCCAUCUUCCAGGUGGACCUCUGCAGCUGGCCCGGACAGAGGGAGAAGAGCUUCCACCCGGACCAGGACUGCGGCAAGGUCUUCAAAGGCCACAGGAACCAGGUGACGUGUCUGUCAGUGUCCACGGACGGCACCGUGCUGCUCUCGGGCUCCCACGACGAGACGGUGCGGCUGUGGGACAUCCAGAGCAGGCAGUGCGUCCGCACCGUGACGCUCAAAGGCCCGGUGACCAACGCCUCCAUCCUCCUGGCGCCCGUCAGCAUGCUGAGCCCCGACUUCAGGCCCGGCCUGCCCCUGCCGCACUUCAACAAGCACCUGCUGGGGGCCGAGCACGGGGACGAGCGGCACCGCGGGGGCCUCACCCUGCGCCUGGGCCUCCACCAGCAGGGGUCAGAGCCCAGCUACCUGGAGCGGACCGAGCACCUGCAUGAGGUUACCUGCAGCACCAUGGAGAAGAAUGUCCUGGGCGGCCAGGACCAGCUGCGCGUCCGCGUGACGGAGCUGGAGGACGAAGUGCGGAACCUGCGGAAGAUCAACCGCGACCUGUUCGACUUCUCCACGCGCAUCAUCACGCGGCCGGCCAAGUAGCCAAGUAGCCCCCGCGGGCCCUUCUGCGGGCGUGGCCCGUCUCUGUCAUGUCGGUGCUGUUCUCUGCAAGAAAGGACUUGGGACGACUCCUUGGGCCUGUGUGUGCGGGGCGGCAGACGGCCGUGGGCUGCCCGAGCCCCGCGGAGCCUUGUUUCCUCAAGGUGUAUUUAUUGGGGCACUCAGAAGUGGGGCGCAGGCCAGAGGUGGCGGGAGGGGACUCCCCAGAGGCAGAGCGGGGAGCAGGACAGGCGGA